GAAGUUAGGAACUCAGUCCAAGUCUUCCAUGUGGAUGGCAGGAAGCCGAGUACUGGAGCCAUCACCCGCCACCUCCCAGGGUGUGCAAUAGCAGGAAGCUGGAAUGAGGAGCAGAGCUGGAACCGAGGCCCGAGUACUCUGAUACAGAACACAGGCACAAGACAUGGCCAUUCCUAGGGCUCAGUGUGCAGACGCAGGCAGUUAGCCGGGGCGGCAGGUCCUCUGGCACGGCAAGGUCAAGGAGGAAGCCCCCUGGAGCUAGCGGGAGGGAGGAAGGAAUGGGGGAGACGGUCCCGAGAAGACGGCGGGAAGAUGAGAAGUCCAUCCAGAGCGACGAACCCAAGACCACGAGCCUCCAAAAGGAGGUGGGUCUGAUCAGUGGCAUCUGCAUAAUCGUGGGCACCAUCAUCGGCUCUGGGAUCUUCAUCUCCCCCAAGUCUGUGCUUAGCAACACGCAAGCCGUGGGACCCUGCCUCAUCAUCUGGGCGGCCUGUGGGGUCCUUGGGACUCUAGGGGCUCUGUGCUUUGCGGAGCUCGGCACCAUGAUCACCAAGUCGGGGGGUGAGUACCCCUACCUGAUGGAGGCCUUCGGCCCCAUCCCCGCCUACCUCUUCUCCUGGAGCAGCCUCUUGGUCAUGAAGCCCUCGUCCUUCGCCAUCAUCUGCCUUAGCUUCUCUGAGUACGUGGCGACGCCCUUCUACUCAGGCUGCGAGCCUCCCAAAGUCGUCGUGAAGUGCCUGGCCGCUGCAGCCAUCAUGCUCAUCACCACUGUGAACUCGCUGAGCGUGCGGUUGGGCAGCUACGUGCAGAACUUCUUCACAGCGGCCAAGCUGGUGAUCGUGGCCAUCAUCAUCAUCAGCGGACUUGUCCUCCUGGCCCAAGGAAACACGAAGAAUUUCGAGAAUUCCUUCGAGGGUGCAGAAGUCUCGGUGGGAGCCAUCAGUCUGGCAUUGUACAAUGGGCUCUGGGCUUAUGAUGGCUGGAAUCAACUCAAUUACAUCACAGAGGAACUCCGAAACCCCUUCAGAAACCUGCCGCUGGCCAUCAUCUUCGGGAUCCCGCUGGUGACCGUGUGCUACAUCCUCAUCAACAUCUCCUACUUCACGGUGAUGACGCCCACGGAGCUGCUGCAGUCCCAGGCCGUGGCUGUGACCUUUGGGGACCGCGUCCUCUACCCAGCCUCAUGGAUUGUCCCAGUGUUCGUGGCGUUUUCAACCAUUGGUGCUGCUAACGGGACCUGUUUCACAGCUGGCAGACUCGUUUACGUGGCCGGCCGGGAAGGCCACAUGCUCAAAGUGCUCUCUUACAUCAGUGUCAGGCGCCUGACCCCAGCCCCUGCUAUCAUCUUUUACGGGAUCGUUGCAACCAUUUAUAUCAUUCCUGGUGACAUAAACUCCCUCGUCAAUUACUUCAGUUUUGCCACAUGGCUGUUUUAUGGCCUGACGAUUCUAGGACUCAUCGUGAUGAGGUUUACAAGGAAAGAACUGGAAAGGCCCAUCAAGGUGCCCAUCUUCAUCCCCAUCCUGGUGACCUUCAUAGCUGCGUUUUUGGUCCUGGCCCCAGUCAUCACUAACCCAGCGUGGGAGUAUCUCUACUGCGUGUUAUUUAUCCUGAGCGGCCUUGUAUUUUACUUCCUUUUCGUCUACUACAAGUUUGAAUGGGCUCAGAAAAUCUCAAAGCCCAUCACCAUGCACCUCCAGAUGCUCAUGGAAGUUGUGCCGCCGGAGCCAGACCCCAAGUGACAAGUUUGUGUCUGUAACCAACUCAACGCUGUGAGUUUAGUUUUGUAAGCAGUAUUUGUGGUAUUUCUUCCUGAUUUUUUUCUUAAGAAGAAUUGUAUCAGAUGCUUAUGUAAUAUUAUUUUUGGUAUCCUUAAUUGUCUGGGUGGGUUCCAGGCGUGUACGGUGACCCCGGCAGGUGCAGCCACGGCCCAGCGGCUGCUGUGUGCUUGCCCGAGGGACACAACACGCUCCCGCGAAUAAAGCGCAUCCUGCAUCGCC